UUUUAAUGCUGUGUUUUAGUUGGGGAAUUUGGAGUGUGUUUGGUUGAGGAAUUUGGGGAGAGAUUUUGGAAAUGGAAAUGGAAAUGGAAAUGGUGUGUGAAUCUCUUUCCCUUUCUAAAAACCACUUCCCAAAUCCUUCAAUCUAACAAAGUGUAAGAGAAUGUCCAACUCCAGAGAUUUACACGGAAAAACAUGAAAAGCUGUUGGGUAACACUGACACGAGUUGGACUCUUUUUGUGGAUGGUUACGGACUGGAUGGGAGGAAAAUCUAUGAUCCACUCAAGGGAAAGACUUGUCGUCAAUGCAGAUAUGGGGAGCAUGUGCGUGAAGCAAAAUAGAAUCCAAACUGAAUUUUCCCUGUUUGUCGUGAAAUUUGCAACUGCAGUUCUUGCCAGCGUGCAAAAGGAUGGCCUCCCACUAGCACUCUGUACGAAGACUGAUGCAAACAAAACACCCGAUAUUAUGACCAACAAUAUGACCAUCACAGAUUGGUAACCCCCAAAUGUGAAGACAACAAGACAAAUGACGAGUUUAAAGAUGAGGGAAUGGAGGAAAUUCAUUUUUCGGAGAACAAACAUGGUGUAAACAAUAUCGCAUCUGGAAUUAGCCAAGAUCCCAAUAAAAAGUCUGCACUUACCUCCGAGUCUGGUGACCACCACCAGGAACUAUCAAAGCUUGAAUCUGAAGGCAACGAAAGGGAUGAAAAGUUCAAAGGCAAGAAAGAGGAGAAAUUGAAUUUUUUGGAUUGUAAACAUGGUGAUUACAUUAUUACAAAAGAAAUCAGCCCAAGGUCGAAAAGGAAGUCUCGUACCCCUGAACCAGCCCCAUAUAGUGUUGCAGGGAGACUAAGGCAGAGACAUAGAGGCAAUGGGCAUGAUGUGGAGUUGAUUCGAACAACUGAAAGUGAAGUGAAGGCUAACAUGAGUCAAUCUAGUUCCAUCGAUCCAAGUGUGGACAGUGUUGCUGGAAGAUUGAGGAACAUGAUGUGCUUGGAAAAGUUCUUGUUUUGUCAGCACGAACUCGAGUCAAGCAUUUUUGUUGUGUUUUUAGGAGAAGUGCUAAAUGUUGUAAAACAAUGUUUUGUGGGUUUGAAUAUGCUUUGCUGCAUUUGGGUUCAGUCCAAAGUUAUAUUUUGUAAUUUCUACAAUGCAGCAACAUGAAGAAUGUAUAUGAAUUUUAGUAAUGCUCCAACUUUCCCUCUAUUUUUCUUUUCCCUCCAUAAAUUAA